ACGCAAGGGUUCCCGAAACCAACGCCGUGAUAUUCUGCGACGGCCGGAAAACUUAAUGCGAGUGAUUUCCGCCGAUCGGAAAUCCGAUCCGGUCAGAGUGCCGGCGUUCUAGCGCGCGCCUCGUCAUUCCCCGGCCGCCGUAGAAGGAGAGAGAGAAGGAGGGGGGGAGAUGUUGACGUGUAUCACGUGUAAGCCAAAGAUAGAGGACGGUGACGGAGGGGAGGAGGGCCCACGUGGGACGCCCGGUUCGAAGGACUCCGUCAAAAGCCUGACGGCGCAGAUAAAAGACAUAGCAUUGAAGGUGUCUGGGGCAUACAAGUGCAAGCCAGGCACACCAAGCAGCAGCAGCACUGCAUACAGGAAAGGGAGGGCAUACCCAGAACUGGACACCAUCUCAGAGGGGGUCCCACACCCUUUCCAUCCCUCUGGUUCCACCAGCUCCACCCCAGCCUGGGAUUACACCAAAACCAGCAGUUUUCACAACAACCCUUCCAAGUUUUCGGCUUCUGAGGUUGGGGUUGAGGACGAGAACGAACACAAGGAGUGGAUUGCCCAGGUCGAACCCGGCGUUCAGAUCACUUUCCUCUCCCUCCCUUCUGGAGGAAACGAUCUCAAGCGAAUCCGUUUCAGCCGGGACAUGUUUGACAAGUGGCAAGCACAGAGGUGGUGGGGAGAGAAUUUCGACAGGAUCAUGGAGCUAUACAAUGUCCAGAGGUUCAAUCAGCAGGCGCUGGAAACGCCUGCUCGUACCGAGGAUGGGAGAGACUCGACGUAUUCUCGGCUGAGGGAGAGCCCAAUGAUGAUGACAGCAGCACAGAGGAACUACUACUAUAACAACAAACAAGGGGGAGGAGGAAUGGGGGAAGGGCCAAGAACAACGACCGACUCAAGAGAGGAAGCUUCCAUAUCCAUAAGCAACGCGAGCGAGAUGUCCUCAGAGUGGAUUGAAGAAGAUGAGCCCGGGGUUUAUGUCACCAUUAGACAGCUUGCUGAUGGCACUCGCGAGCUUCGUCGCGUCCGGUUCAGUCGAGAGAAAUUUGGAGAGGUGAAUGCAAAGAUGUGGUGGGAACAGAACAGGGAUAGGAUACAAGAAACAUACCUUUAGCUUAUUAUUAUUAUUAGCUAGUAGGAACACUACUUUUUUUAAAAAAUACUAUUUUAUGUUUUAAAAAAGAAGAAGUUUUUGACUAAGUAGUUCUAUGACACAUUUGGCACACUAUAUAUAGUAUUUUUUUAUAUAAAAAAAAUGAAAUUUGUCUAUGAGGAAUGGCUAGCUAAGCAGCAUUCAGAUAGAGCAGAUCAAGUGAAGCUAAUUAAGACAGUCAAGGAAU